GUUUAUUGACUUGGUUUUGAUAGUGGUCACACAGACAGGGAAUUCGCUGUCAAGAGGGUGGAUGCCUAGAGCUGGAAAUGACCUAGAGGCCUUACAGAAUCAUUUGUGCUUUUGUCGCUCUAAUCUGCAUCCGCAGAGAACAGCGAGAUCUGGAAGCACACUUGUUUCCGCGGUGAGUAAUAUCUACCUCAGCCAGCAGACAGGGGAGAAACCGGGAAGCUGCUGGAGACUUCUGACAGGCAGACAGAGCUAUCAGCUGGCCGCUUGCUCACUGCCUGCCGUGUCCUGCUUUGUGAAGAGGAUUUGAGACGGACUGGAUCUGUCUGCCCUUUGCCUCCCACUGCUCCUCUGCCAGUCACUGCAAAAGAAAAGACGAAGCCACAUCCUCUGAUUCCAGCAUUUACUUGCUUGUGUGUUGUUUUCUUUUUAAAUUGCCAUUUUCCUUCCGUGCUGUUGACCAGUGUGUCAUUUUCCUCGGAUUCAUUUUUGCUUUCAGCUUUUAAAAGAAUUUUCUACUUUUACUGGCUGAAGCUGGUAUAGGUUUAUAUAUGUAAAUACAUAAGUGUAUAUACUCUGCAUACUGUAUGAAGGAUUUUUUCCCCCCCAUUCUGAAGGAAAGUUAAUGCACUUUAAAACUCGGCUGUAGUACUUUCCUCCUCUAUUAUGAUCAUUUUGUUUGAAGCUGAAAACAGAGUAUCUGGAGCUGUGUCUUUGCUGUUUUUUAAGCUGGGCAUGAUGAUUUUGCAGCAGGGCUGCAUGUGAGUAUUUUACUCAGCCUGUCGGUUUUUGAUCACCCUUCGGCCUCACCCACUUCUAAGUUGCCUCUCUACAAGGCAUACUGAGAUGAACCUCUGUGAGGUAGAAUCCUUGAGCUGUCUUUAUACCUAACUUGAACAGUUUCAGGGCCAUUGAAUUUGGUGUUUGUUUUUUUUUCUAAAAAGGACAAGAGCACUUUGUGAGGAAAAAGAAACUACAAACAGGAGCUUCCGGUGCUGUUGCACCACCUAUGUAUUGUUGUAGUGCGCAGGAAAGUAAAAUGGACUACAAGCGUCGCUUUUUGCUCGGCGGGUCCAAGCAGAAAGUGCAACAGCACCAGCAGUACCAGAUGCCUGAGCUAAGCCGGACCCUGAGCGCCUCUCUGGCCUCCUCUUGCUCUGCCUCUUCACCCAUGGGCACUGGGGUAGGCAUGUCUGGCAGCUGCCACCCACCUCCCUCUGGCACCUCUACCGCUGUUGCCGAUAUCCAGCAAGGCAUCUCAAAAUAUUUGGAUGCUCUCAACGUGUUCUGCCGGGCCAGCGCCUUCCUAACAGACCUGUUCAGCAGUGUGUUCAGGAACUCUCACUAUUCCAAAGCAGCUAUGCAACUGAAGGACGUGCAGGAACACGUCAUGGAGGCCGCCAGCAGACUGACAGCAGCAAUAAAGCCUGAGAUCGCCAAGAUGCUGAUGGAGCUGAGCGCUGGAGCCGCCAACUUUAAAGACCAGAAUGACUUCAGCCUGCAGGAUGUUGAGGUACUAGGUCGAUGCUUCCUCACGGUGAUGCAGGUCCAUUUCCAGUUUCUAUCACAGGCUCUUCAGAAAGUCCAGCCCGUGGCUCAGUCUUGCCUGGCCGAGGCUCUUGCCCAGGCCCAAGAGCGCUGUGCCAAUGCCCGCUCCCAAAGCUCUGACCUUGGGCCCCGCACAGAGCUGGAAGAAGCCUCCCGCUCAUGGAAAGGUGCAGCUGAGGCCACAGCGAGGCUGAGAGAGAGGGGCCGGGACGGCUGCCUGGCAGGCAUCCAGGUUCAGCAGCUCUUUUGCUCCAACAACACAACCAUCCCUGAGCACCAGCUGAAGGAGCUCAACAUGAAGAUUGACAGUGCUUUACAGGCUUAUAAAGCAGCAUUAGAGAGCCUCGGUCAUAGUGAGUAUGCUCUGAAGGCAGGCUUUCAUCUCAACCCCAAAGCUGUGGAGGCAGCCUUACAGGGUUGUUGCAGUGAGGCAGAGGCUCAGCAGGCGGGCAGGAUGCAGACCACCUCACAGCCCAUUCAGUGCGAGCUGCCCACCAUCCCUGUGCAAAUUGGCUCACAUUUUCUCAAAGGAGUGUCCUUCAAUGAGUCAGCAGCUGAAAACCUCAAAUUGAAAACGCACACGAUGCUGCAGCUCAUUAAGGAGGCCCUUGGGCAGAACGGAGUGACACCCAGAGAUGACUCUCCUGUCACUGAGGUCCUAAACCAGGUCUGCCCAUCCAGUUGGAGAGGAGCUUGCAAGACAGCUGUCCAGCUACUGUUUGCCCAGGCUGGUCUGGUGGUUGUCGAUACUGCGCAGAUUGAGAACAAGGAGGCCUAUGCUCCCCAGAUCACUCUGGAGGGAUCCAAGGUGGUGGUCCAGGUUCCUUCUACAUGGUGUUUGAAGGAGGACCCAGCUACUAUGUCCUUACUCCAGCGAAGCUUGGACCCAGAGAAGACACUUGGUCUCGUAGACGUGCUUUACACAGCGGUGUUUGACAUCAACAGGUGGAAGGAGAGAAAAGAGCAAGCCUUGCCCACUAUUCAGAUACAGCUACAGAGAGAGAGCCCAGACUAUGGCAGCCCCACUGACUUGCCUCCAGGUACCAGCUCCAAGACCUCUAGUGGACUGCCCAAAACUAUAUCAAAGCUGACUUCCAAGUUCACAAAGAAAGUCUCAUCCAGCUCAAAUAGCGGAGGCAGUUUUUCCAUCCCUAGUACUCCAUCUCGCAGCAUGCUAACAACCAGUAACUCUGAGGACAAGGCAAAAGGCCUGGGCCACAGUGAUGGGAGGCUACAGAGCAUCCUGCAGAUGGGCAGCCUGCCUUGUACCUCUGACUCCACUCAACAAAACCAGCUGGCCAACGGUUCAGUUUCUGAAGACCAGGGGAUGAACCUGCCCACAGACCAAGAGAUGCAGGAUGUCAUUGACUUUCUCUCAGGAUUCAACAUGGGCAAAUCCCAGCAAGCCUCACCCCUGGUCAAGAGGAGGAACUCUGUGGCUUCUGCUAAUCCUGCUGAGCUGAAGCCCCCAAGUGGUCCUUCACAAGCCACCUCAUCAAUCUCUCACAGUGCCCUACAGCCUCCAGCUCAGACCCUGCCUCAGCCCCAGCCUCAACCUUCACAGCCAGUACAGAAACAACAGCCUCAGCCUAAUCCACAGCCGCCUCCCCCACAGCAACAACAGCCCCAGCAGCAGCAGCAACCCCCUCCUCCACCACCUCAGCAGCCCUCCCCACAGGCCCAGCACCUCUACUACCAGCACCUCCUGCAGCCCAUCACUCAACAACAAGCGCCUCCCCCGCAGCUUCCUCCCCAGCAAACCCCACCCCAGGUCUUACCACAACAAAGAGUGGCAAGCAAGUGGCUGGGCACUUCUGGGCAACAGCCUCCACCGCAAGGACCCCCAGCAGGGCUAUCACCCCUAGGUCCCAUUGGGCAGUGGGCAUCAUCUGGACUGCCAGACUUGAGCUCAGACCUGUACAGUCUGGGCUUGGUCAGCACCUACAUGGACAGUGUCAUGUCAGAGAUGCUGGGUCAGAAACCCCAAGGACCUCGUAACAAUACAUGGCCCAACCGGGACCAGAGUGAGGGAGUGUUUGGAGUCCUGGGGGACACAUUGCCCUUCGACCCAGCAGUUGGCUCGGACCCGGAGUUUGCACGUUACGUCGCCGGCGUCAGUCAGGCCAUGCAGCAGAAACGGCAGGUACAGCACAUUCGCCGCCCCAGCAACACGCGCAGCAACUGGCCAAUGCCUGAUGAGCAGCACAGGACCUGGUCCCACCCAGAAUACUUCAGCGAGGGUGAUGCUGUAAACAGCGGCUGGUCAGCCAAUCAGGGGGACUCGGCCAGCUCUAGUGACGAGACAUCUUCAGCCAAUGGUGACAGUCUGUUCUCCAUGUUUUCUGGGCCAGACCUGGUGGCUGCAGUUAAACAAAGGCGGAAACACAGUUGUGGUGAGCCUGAGGUGUGCACUCUGCCUUCACCACCUCUCCAUCACAUCGGCGACGAUAGCCAGGACAGCAAAACUAAAACUUGGCCUCCCAAAGCACCGUGGCAACACUCCACCCACACCAACACCAUGCCCAAUCCCAGCUCUUCCUUGUACCAGAUGAACAUCCCUCCUUCCUCCCAGUGGGGCGACUCCAUGCCAAUGCUCCAGUCUCCCGUGUGGUCUACUGCCAGCGACUGCUCCCCCUCCACCGGCAUCUCCUCUGGUUUUCCAUUCACCCAGCAGCAGCAGCAGCAGCAGCAACAGCAGCAACAUAAACCCAUGACCAAGGGCUUUAAAUCCUUCCCCGUCAAGCAUGAGCACAGACCCUCCUACCUUCACCAGUACUGAUCCCGAUCUAAUGUCUAACGAGUCCAUGGUGAAGUGCCACAGAGGACCCGUAGCUCUGUUACAUGAGCCACUGAGUGGGCCGAGCUACAGCCAUUACACUCCACACCCAGCGAAUUGGAAAACUUCAAAAGCCUCACAGGCAACGUAAAGUAUACACACUGGCUCGACAUUUUUUUGUAUCUAUAUUUUUCCAUGUCAAACAUCCCCAUCAGAAAAUGAUGUAUUUUGAAGUUUUUCAAACUGCCAUGUUUUAACCAUGAAAGGUGCGCAUGUCGUGCUGGCAGCAGUUAGUCAGGUGGUCGUUUCUCUGUCUGUCGAGCAGAAAUUUCCUCAGACAAGAGCUGGAGACGUGCACAGCCGUCACCCACUUGCUUCUGCAGCUAAAAGUGUGUGUGUGUGUGUGUGUGUGUGUGUGUGUGUGUGUGUGUGUGUGUGUGUGUGUGUGUGUGUGUGUGUAGGUGGGGGCAGGGGCUUAAAAUGCUCUCAUUUUGCCCGUAAUAAAUAUACUGUGUCUACAUAGCUGUAACUGCCAAAUCUCAUGCAAGAUGACCCAGAAUACAGCUACCAUCUACUGUUUCAUAGCUUGUAAAAUAGUGAAGUUGAAAUAUAAAUAUUUAGUACUUUUUAUUAAGAGGCUUUGAGCAGGCUCAGCAUAAAUAUAGUAAGUCACUGCAGAGGUGUAAUUUGAGAGAAAUACACUACUUUUUCAACAACUGACCAGAGUUAAGAGUUAUAGCAGUAACUAUGUGCCAUGUUGGUAUCGAUAGCACUUGCAGAAUAUUAUUUCCAACCAAAGCGUUGUUCGGAAGACGAAUGGUGCUGAAGAGAUGAGAGGCAGUCUGAGAUUAUUGAUCAACAUGAAGUUAAACACCCUAUUGGAUGUGAGCAUUAGGGAACAUCUUCAUUUCCUCUUCUCUAAUUGGCAGUUGUUGGCUCCAGAUUGACACUAACUCCCAUAAACCUAACGUUUCUUCUUUGUUUAAUAACACAAUAUUUUUGUGUACAAUUAUUGACAGUAUUAAUCUUAUUUUUGUAUUUUCUUACAUGUUAUACCAUACUGUAUGUUAGUAUUCCUGCAGACAUUACAUAAAACAUUAUUUUCCACCUCCCAAUAUGUGAAAAAAGCACAUGUUUUUCCUACAGUUUAACUACAGCAUCGAUCUAUAAAGGUUACCAAAUAUGCCAUGCUAAACACUAAAACAUUGUGUAACGAGGGUGGGUUUUUUGUUGUUGUUGUUUUAUUUUUUCAAGCCCUUGUUUCCUCCGUUCCUAUGGCAGUGGGCUGUAUUUAAAAGCCCAGAAUGUUAUCUUUUUGUGAUGUUUGCGGAUGCCAAUGUUGCCUGUAUUUAUGAAAUGACACCAUGUUUUCAGAAAACUAACAUACUUAACAUGUUUACAGAGAAUUGUUUGCUGUAUAUACAUAUAAAUAUAUAUCUUUUUAUAGUUAAUGUGCUUUGCACAAUCAAGAUAUAGGGUUUGUUGCUUUUUGUCUGUGUUAUCUCCCUAACUGUUGCAGCCUUUUUUAAGACAUCAGUACAGACCUUGGACUGUAACUGUUAGCUUCUCAGCUGUGUCAAAUGGUUUACUAGUGGCUUCUAAAAAAACACACAAAAAAAGAGAAAAAUAAUAAUAAAAACAUGUUGCCCUGAUAGAAGAUAUGAAGGGGGGCUGCUUGGCUUAUGUUGCUUAUUGUUCUCUUGAGCUGGCAACUGAAUCUUUCCAAGUGUACCAGCAAUGCAAAAAAUGAAUAAAAAUAACUAGCAAU